AUGUCAUAUGGCGGACACGACCCGAAAGGGUACGGAGUCGAAGACUUGGUUCUUUUAUCGACGAUUGAUUUGAAAAGUGUGGUCCAGAAUUUGCAAAUCAGAUUCCAAAAAGGGCGUAUUUAUACGUAUAUCGGAGAGGUAUUGGUGGCAGUGAAUCCAUACAGACAACUCGGCAUCUAUGAAAAGAAUACGGUGGACCAGUAUAAGGGUCGCGAGAUUUACGAGCGUGCCCCUCACGUCUUCGCCAUCGCCGACGCCGCAUACAGAUCCAUGAAGCGAUUCGGCCGCGACUCGUGCAUCGUCAUCUCCGGAGAAUCGGGAGCCGGAAAAACGGAAACCAGCAAGAUCAUAAUGAAAUAUCUCGCCGCAAUUACAAACGUCAGACAGCAAGGAGAAAUUGAGCGAGUUAAGAAUGUCUUAUUGCGCUCGAAUUGUAUUCUGGAGGCGUUUGGAUGUGCGAAAACGAAUCGAAAUGACAAUUCGUCAAGAUUCGGAAAAUACAUGCACAUUAAUUUUGACUACGAUGGUGAUCCGGUCGGAGGAAACAUCUCGAAUUAUUUGUUGGAGAAGUCCCGAGUAGUCCGUCAGCAAGAAGGCGAACGAAAUUUCCACGUCUUCUACCAACUGGUCAAUGGAGGAGAUGAUGGAUUGCUCAGACAGUUUGGAGUAGCGAAGGAUGCUAAACAGUACUAUUUCUUGAAUCAGGGAAAAUCUCAUAAGGUUGCUUCUAUCAAUGACUCCAGAGACUUUGCCGAAGUUCAAACUGCCCUCCGAUCGAUUCACACUUUUGACAAGCAGGAUGUGGAAAGUAUGUGGUCCGUGAUUGCUGGCCUAAUCCAUCUGGGCAACGUGAAGUUUAUCGAUGGAGACAACUCGUCUGGAGCUGUCCAUAUCUCUGAAAAAGCCGCUCUGCAGAAUGCAGCACGAUGCCUGAAUGUGACUCCAGAUGAGCUUUCGAAAAGUUUAUCCUCCCAAGUUGUGGCCGCCCAUGGAGAUAUUGUCAAGAAGCAGCAUGAUGUGAAUGCUGCGUACUAUACUAGAGAUGCGUUGGCAAAAGCUCUCUACGAACGCCUUUUCUCCUGGGUUGUGUCAAAGAUCAACGAGGCGAUCAGCGUUCAGAACAACUCCUGCUACAGCAAAUCUCAUGUGAUUGGAGUCCUCGAUAUUUAUGGUUUUGAGAUCUUUGGAACUAAUAGUUUCGAGCAAUUAUGCAUCAACUAUUGCAAUGAGAAAUUGCAACAAUUGUUUAUCGAAUUGGUGUUGAAGCAGGAGCAAGAAGAGUACGAACGAGAGGGAAUUAAAUGGGUCAAAAUUGAUUAUUUCAAUAAUAAGAAACUUAAAAAAUUCAAUUUUCAGAUCAUCUGUGACCUCGUAGAAGUCCCUCGAACAGGAAUCUUAUCCAUCCUUGACGAAGCAUGUGCCAGUAUUGGAAACGUCACAGACAAAGUGUUCCUUGGAGAGUUGGACAAAAAACUGAAGACCCAUCAACACUAUACCAGUAGAAACCUGAAACAAAGUGACAAAUCCAUGGGAUUCGAGGAGUUCCGAAUCACUCAUUAUGCUGGUGACGUCACGUAUUCGGUGAUGGGAUUCAUGGAUAAGAACAAGGAUACUUUGUUCCAAGAUUUGAAGAGAUUACUGUAUCAUAGGUGGGUAUAG